AUGGCCCCACCGUUCGUGAACCUCGACGCCCCUCGCUGGGACCAAAGCACAUACGUCGGCCGGGCCAAGCACUUCCUCGCCACGACGAACCCGCUCAAUGUGCUGGCCACGGACGCCCAGCUCGAUGCAGCCCAGGCGCUCGUCGAGGCGUACAAGGCCGGUCAGCAGCUGCACGUGAGCGAGGACGACCUGUGGCGCGCCAAGCAGCUCGUGGACAGUGCGUUCCAUCCCGACACGGGCGAGAAGAAUCUGCUCGUUGGACGCAUGGCUUUCCAGGUGCCGGGCAACAUGGUCAUCACGGGCUGCAUGAUGACGUUCUACCGCUCGACGCCCGCCGUUAUCUUCUGGCAGUUUAUGAACCAGACCUUCAACUCCAUUGUCAACUACACGAACCGCAAUGCCAGCACGGGCGUGAGCCAGGAGCAGCUGCUGCAGGCCUAUGCUGCCGCCAGCACGGCCUCGGUGGCAACAGCGCUGGGUCUCAAUCGGUGGGUGGCCAAGCGCCCCAAGCUCAGCAACGGCCUUGUUGGCCGCCUCGUGCCCCUUGUGGCUGUUGCUGCUGCCAAUUGUGUCAACAUCCCGUUGAUGCGACAGCGUGAGCUGCUGGGCGGCAUUGAAGUCGAGACAGCCGAUGGAGACAAGGUGGGCAAGAGCAAGCGGGCGGCAGUAGAGGCCGUGGCGCAAGUGGUGCCGUCGCGCAUUCUCAUGGCCAUGCCCGGCAUGAUCUUCCCGCCCGUCAUCAUGAGCAAGCUAGAGCAGCGGCCUCUCUUCCGCCACAACAAGGUGGUGAACGCGCUGACCAUGGUAGGACUCACCGGUGUCUGCCUGAGCUUCUCGACACCGCUGUGCUGCGCCCUCUUCCCGCAGCGCAGCUCCAUAGCUGUGUCUUCGCUCGAGCCCGAGUUGCAAGAGACGAUCCGUCAACGCACGUUCAAGCAGCACUCGGACGACGCCGACCCUGUCACGCACGUCUUUUACAACAAGGGGUUGUGA